UUCUACCUCAUGCGUGGAGCAUCUGGCUAGCCAUGACCCUGACACUCGGCGUCCUGCUGCUGCUGGGGCUCUGCCGGAGUACCAUUUCAGAGGAGUCCUUGUCCUCCCCAGGCGGUUACGAUGAUGGUCUGACGUUUCUAUUGCCCACGUCGAACUAUGAGACCAAAGACUUUUCCUCAUCUGGGUCCAUCAACGAUCUCUUUAAAAUGGUGCGCAUCUUCCUCCACGUGGUGCAGCCCUCCGCUUUCCCAAAGGAUAUUAUAAGAAAAAUAAUACAAAAGAAGUUUGAUCUGUCAAUGGAUUAUGGGAAGGUCGUCCAGUAUGAGCUCGGGAUUCUUCUCCUUGCCCUCCUGGGACUGCUCUUUGUCAUCCUCAUGCCGCUGGCGGGGCUGUGCUUCGGUCUGUGCCGCUGCUGCAACAGGUGCGGCGGAGAAAUGCACCAGCGACAGAGGGCGAACGAGCCCUUCCUGAGGAAGUACUACGCCCUCGCCCUCCUGGUCCUCUGUGUGCUUAUGAGCAUUGGUAUCAUCUAUGGUUUUGCGGCAAACCACUACCUCAGGACUCACAUCAGAGAGGCCAAUAAACUGGCCGACAGCAAUUUCAGAGACCUGAGGACUCUCCUGAAUGAGACUGGACCGCAAUUGAACUACGUGCUGGCCCAGUACACCACCACGAAGAAAAGGGCCUUCUCAGAUCUGGACAAUAUUAAGAUGUUGCUAGGAGGCGACAUUCAGGAUCACCUAAUACCUCAGGGGUUCAUCGUUCUUGAUGACGUCAAGCACAUGGCAAAAGAGAUCAAAGAGACCAGUGAACUCCUGAUGAUCGUGAACAAAGAGUUAUGGGAGUUGACGAAAUUGUUGGAAGAGGUCUACAAAAGCCUGCAGGACGUGAAAGGCGACCUGGAACGGUCCCUCAAGGACCCCGUGUGCAACCAAUCCUCUGAGAGUGCCAAGUGCAAUUUCGUCAGAAUGUCUCUGGGCCAGCUGGACAACAACAUCAACCUGCGCCAGCUCCAAAUUUUGGAUAAAGAAGUUGAUCGCGUUAAAGCUGUUCUUCAGACAAAUCUAUCCAGCCUGGUCCAAAUGGGCUAUAACUCCAUUGCUGACAUACCUGACAAAGUGGGAAACCAAACCAAGGACAUAGUAGCAGCUGUCAGAAGGAUCUUGAAUGACAUUGGUUUAAAUAUCAAAACGAUAAAACAAAAGGUUCCCAUUCAGGAAAAGCUGUCAGUUUUCUUGGAUCGCAUCGAUAACCUUGAAAGUAACAUCUACCGCGAGUUACCUAGGGUGGAAAAAUAUGAGUCAUACAGGUGGCUGAGUUUCUUGAUUAUCUGCUGUUUGCUGACUCUCAUCAUGAUUUUUUAUUACCUGGGCUUGUUGUGUGGCGUGUUUGGCUAUAACCCAAAUGCCACCCCAACCACACGAGGCUCCGUCUCAAACACUGGAGGCAUCUUCCUCAUGGCCGGGGUUGGAGUUAGUUUCCUCUUUUGUUGGAUAUUGAUGCUCUUUGUGGUUCUUACUUUUAUCCUUGGUGCAAAUAUGGAAAAAUUGGUCUGUGAACCUUACCAAAACAAGGAGUUAUUCAAGAUCAUUGACACACCGUAUUUACUAAAUGAGAAUUGGAAAUACUAUCUCUCUGGCAUGGUACUUAACAAACCGGAUAUUAAUCUCACUUUUGAACAAGUUUACAGUGACUGCAAAGACAACAAAGGCUUCUACACCGCCCUGCAGCUGGAGAACAUCUACAAUGUCAGUGAGCAUCUCACCGUCGAGGAGCACAUCAAACACAUGAACGCUGAAUUUAAAAAGAUGCAGCUGGACAUUGACGCUGUCCUGCUCAGUAAAGAAGGAAGAAAAAACCUUCUGGAUUUCAGUGUCUCAGGAGUGGAGCAAAUCGAUUAUGACUCUUACUUGGCUGAGACAAGUAAACCGGUAACCAAAGUGAAGCUCUUAAAAUAUGCAAGUGAUUUAAAAGCACAAGCCGACAAGUUGCCCCCUGGAGACUUAAGAGACUCCCUGGAAUGGAAUGUAAAUGAGAUGAAAGACAUUCACUUUACCAGGGUCCUGCCUUUGGAACCGGAACUGAGAGAACUACACGAUAGCAUUCAGAAGCUUCAACAAAAAGCCAGUGGAUUGAAGGUGAAAGUGACCAAUAUUGUUGACUCUUUGGAUUCUAAUCAGAAAUUCAUCACCUACAAUCUUCCAGCUAUUAUUAUUCGAGAAAGUGAGGAGUACGCAGAUAUAAUCGUUGCAUAUUUUGAACAUUAUCUGAGCUGGGCCAAGAUGUCUGUCACGAAGGAAGUCGCAGCCUGCAAACCUGUGGCCACUGCUUUAGAUUCUGCAGUUGAUGUCUUUCUGUGCAAGUUCAUUACCAAACCCAUGAAUUUGUUUUGGUUUGGCAUAGGAAAAGCUACCAUACUGCUACUUCCGGCUAUAAUUAUUGCUGUGAAGCUGGCCAAGUUCUAUCGGAGGAUGGACUCGGAGGAUAUCUACGAAGAUGCUGAAAAUAUGCCCAUGAAAAAUAUGCACAAGUCAGCCUCUGAGCCUCUCUGAGCAAAGCCGGUGAACAGGUCAACUGCACAGUUCUCGGUCUGCAGCGUCUCCAAGUAUUGGAAGAGAAGCCGCCCCUUUAGGAGUUUACAGAUUCGGUGGUAGCGUCUGGAGCAUGCCCUCAUGGGCCCAGGGGGCAAAGUGUGCCCCUGCUUUCCACCUUUCGAAGUGGGGCUCUCACCAUCUGAGCCUUCCCUAAGAGUUUCAAUGUGUAACACAUUCAUUCAUUUUCAGUUUAGUCUUUGAAACCAGACAGGAAUUUUGUCACAUUUCAUUGCACAGGAAGUUAGAUUUGUAGUUGAAGGAAGUUCAGCAAAUA